AUAUCUUAUAGGCGCAGCUGGUGGAUCUGAAAUCUGAACUGACAGAAACUCAGGCUGAGAGAGUAGUACUGGAAAAAGAGGUGCACGAUCAGCUUUUACAACUCCAUGCCAUUCAACUUCAGCUGCAUGCCAAAACUGGUCAGAGUGUUGAUUCUGGGGCAAUUAAAGCAAAAUUGGAGAGAGAGCUUGAAGCCAACAAGAAAGAAAAGGUGAAAGAAGCUCAACUUGAAGCUGAGGUGAAGUUACUGAGGAAGGAAAAUGAAGCACUUCGUCGACACAUAGCUGUGCUUCAGGCUGAAGUUUAUGGGGCAAGACUGGCAGCCAAAUACUUAGAUAAAGAACUAGCUGGAAGGGUCCAGCAGAUUCAGUUACUAGGUCGAGAUAUGAAGGGUCCUGCUCAUGAUAAACUUUGGAACCAGCUAGAAGCAGAAAUACACCUGCAUCGUCACAAAACUGUUAUAAGAGCAUGUCGGGGUCGUAAUGACCUGAAACGACCAAUGCAAGCACCACCAGGGCAUGAACCAGACUCCUUAAAGAAGAGUCAAGGCGUUGGUCCAAUCAGAAAAGUUCUCCUUGUUAAAGAAGACCAUGAGGGACUAGGCAUUUCAAUCACAGGUGGGAAGGAGCAUGGUGUUCCAAUAUUAAUCUCUGAAAUCCACCCUGGUCAACCUGCUGACCGAUGUGGAGGUCUGCAUGUUGGAGAUGCCAUUCUGGCAGUAAAUGGAGUCAAUCUGAGAGAUGCCAAACAUAAAGAAGCAGUAACUAUUCUUUCUCAGCAGAGAGGGGAGAUUGAAUUUGAAGUGGUGUAUGUUGCUCCAGAGGUAGACUCAGAUGAUGAAAAUGUAGAAUAUGAGGAUGAAAGUGGACAUCGCUAUCGCUUGUAUCUUGAUGAAUUAGAGGAAGGUGGAAAUUCAGGUUCUCAUAGGAAAGAUGCAAGUGCAGAUGUCAAACCAUCAGAAGUGUUUGGUAAGAAACCAAGUGUUGGUGGACAUGAAAAUGGAGACCUAGGAAAUUCAGUUCAAACUUCCUUAGAAGAGACUGCACCUAAAUUGGCAGAUUCUGCUGAGUCCUUGUCCUAAAGAAAUCGACUGACCUGAUCACUUCUCCAGGAAAGAUUGAUAAUCAGUAUAGACUGUUUAAAUUUUAUAUACCAGUAGGUUGUAAAAGGACUAUUAAAAAUCAAAGGAAACCUGUAUUACUGUUGCCUGCAAAAAUGGCGGUUACCUCAGGGCUUCUUUGUGAACAAUUCAUAAAAUGUAAAAUGGUUUCUCUGUGACACACAGUAGUUAACACAUUGCAUGUAAAAUGGAUUUUCCUUGAACUGUAAACACCAAAGCAUGUGGUUUCCAAAAGAAAAUGCAUUUAACUUUGGAUCCUAUUGAUGACCUUGAAGGGUGUAGAAUAAAUUUGUAGCCAACUUUAUUUUGUUGCUUUGUCUCUGAGUAAAAGUAAAGAAUUAACAGCACUUGGAUCCAAAUCAACCUUUAACUCUUAAAAAGGAGAGAAGUGAAUAUUUAGGAUGGUGACCCUGAAUUUUCCAUUUAAAGUUUUUGAUCUUCAAUUAAAAGGGGAAGAGGAAGGGAGGGAGGAUUUAAAAAAAAAAGUCACAAUUCAGAUUUUUACAUAAUAGAAAAAAGCAAAUGUUUUAGUUAAAAAAAAAAAAAAGUGGAAAGAACAACUGUUAAGUAUGGUGAAUUCUAAACUCCCAGUCCACAAUCAAUUAAUCUGUGAGGCGAUUUUCAGCAUUAUUUAAUUUCUUUGAACAAUUUAUUGCCAAUCAGUGCUUCACUUUAAAUAUUCUCAAAAAGUAUUUAAACAGAACACAGUUCUGUUUGUUUUUCUAAUGCAAAAUUAGUGUAAAAAUGGCUUAACACUUUUUCAGAAUUAUGUCUGCCCUUGUACAUUAUAUCUGAGCAUCAUACAGUCAAUAUUCAUUAUUGAAUGGAUACUGUUAAAACAAAUAAGUAGUUUUAUAUAUUGAGUUUGUUCAUCAUGGGCUUGAUCCUAUGAGACACUGAGUACUUUUGGAUGGGUACUGACCACACUCAAUUCCCAUUGAAAUAAUCUUUAAUCAAAGGGAAUUGAAGACAUGCCAUACCUCACAACAGGUGCUCAGGGCCACGCAGUAUCUGGCCCUAGAUGUGUUAUAGUAUGACAGUCCUGUUAACCUAUAGCAUUUUAAUUGUUACUGUUGAAAUGAAAUACCAUUGCCUUCCAGGAUCAGUUAUAUUCAAAAAUACCUGAUAAUUGAUGUACAUCUAAAGGCCCAAAGCAUGUUUGGAAAAUGGUGAAGUUAUUAAAGGUGGUUUUCCUGGUUAGUUUCUCAUACUGUAUCUAUAGGUAUUUUAGUGAAACGCAAUAUACUACAUAUGCAAACUGUAAAAAGUGUAAUAGCUUUUAUUAAUCCAGGGUAAAGCAUGAAAUGCCUGCUCUCUCAUUCACUGCUCUGCGGACUGUUUUAAUGUGAAAAGAUGAGAUUUUGUAUUUUGAGAAUGGAACUAAUGUGAAAUAACAGCUUUGCAAAUGUUACUGUAUUGAUGUACAUAGAGAAAAAAAAUCUCAAAGGCCUUUAGAGGAAUAUCAAUCUAAUGUUUGAUGUUAAAAACUUUUGAUGUAGAACAGUUACUUACCCUCUUAGGAGCACUAUAUAUAUAUAUAUGUUUGUAUAGAUAUCUUUAAAAUGUAUAUACUUUAUUCAAAGAUUUUACUAUUUAUAAAACCUUUAACCAUUGCUCUUUUAAUGAUUUAAGGUGCAUGGUUCUAUUCACUCAAAAAGCUGUUUCAUUUACAAACAUUCUUUUGUGGUACAGCAUAUUAAAAUACUCUAUAAUAUUGCCUCCUAGGAGAAGUUAAUAUUUAAAAAUAGGGCUCAAUACAUAAACAAUAUAUCACCAGUUGCUCAUAAAACAUCUUUCUAUGCACCUGAAGCUCCAUGUGUCACAAGAAAUCUUCAGGUGCAUUUUAGCAGGUGAACUCAUUGCUAUAAUGUUGCAUCCAGACAUUCAGGCUGUGUCUAGACUACAUCCCUCUUUUGACAGAGGGAUGUAAAUUAGACACUUUGAAAUUGC